GGCAGGGACGUGGCCGGGGCGCGGCUAUGGCGGCGGCGAAGCCCGGGGGAGGCACCGGCACCGGCACCGGCUCCGGCAGCGGCAGCAGCACCAACCUACUCUUCUCCUCCUCCGCCACCGAGUUCAGCUUUAACGUGCCCUUCAUCCCCGUCAGCCAAGCGCCGGUCGCGCCGCCCGGCCCUGCGCUGCUGCCCGCCGAAGAUUCUGGAGACGUUGGGGAGGAGGACAGCUUCUUGGGUCAGACAUCAGCCAGCCCCAACCCACCACAGACCUUCAGCUACUUCUCUCAAGUUCCCAGCAGCAGUGACCCCUUUGGGAGCAUUGGGCAGCCACCCUUGACAACUGUUUCAACCCCUGUGGGAGCACCAGCCUUCUCCAGACCUCCCACUUCACUUCCACUGGUGUCUGGCUCCCAGGAUGGGCAAAAUGCCUUUUCACCACAUAUUCCCAAAUCCCAGGCUUACAGUGCCCCACCCACUUCCCAGGUGGGCAUGUCCCCGUACCAGCCCCCUCAGCAGAGCUGUCCCCCUCCUGCCAGCACUGCCCUGCCCGUGGGGACCCCCCAGCAGCAGGGCUACAACCCCUACAGGCACACCACCCUGAGCAGCAGGGCCAACCCCUACCUCACCCCUCCCCAGCUGCAGCAGAGCCACCCCCCUGCCACAGCGUCCCCUGUGCCACCCGUGCAGAUGUACCAGACACCCCCGGGGCCACUGACACAGUUCCCACCGUCCCAGUCCCAGCUCCAGCCUGCCAGGCCUGCAGGGCCCCUGGUGCCAGCCCCUCCUGUGCUGCUGCAGAACCAGUACGAGCCAGUUCAGCCCCACUGGUUCUACUGUAAGGAGGUGGAGGACAAGCAGAUAUGGAUGCCAUUCAGCAGUCUGGAUUCUGCAAAGCUGGAGGAGGUCUAUAAUUCUGUCCAGCCCGACCCCGAGAGCGUGGUGCUGAGCACGGACGGCGGCCGCUAUGACGUGUGCCUGUACGAGCGGCUGAGGAAAGCCGUGUACUGGGACGAGGAGCCCUCGGAGGUGCGGCGCUGCCUGUGGUUCUACAAGGGGGACAAGGACAGCCGCUUCGUCCCUUACACUGAGGACUUCAGUGACAAGCUGGAGGCAGAAUAUAAAAGGGCUGUAAAUACAAAUCAAUGGCAUCGGCGACUUGAAUUUCCAAAUGGGGAGACAAUUGUUAUGCAUAAUCCCAAGGUCAUAGUUCAGUUCCAGCCUUCUACCUCAUCAGAUGAAUGGGGCACCUCUCAAGAUGGACAGGCGAGGCCAAGGGUGGUGAAACGUGGAAUUGAUGAUGACCAUGAUGAGAUUCCUGAUGGAGAAAUGUCCCAAAUUGACCAUCUGGUAUUUAUGGUCCAUGGCAUAGGUCCUGUAUGUGACUUGAGGUUUAGAAGCAUUGUUGAGUGUGUUGAUGAUUUUAGGAAUGUUUCUCUGAAGUUGUUGCAGACUCACUUUAAGAAGUAUUUGGAGGAAGGCCAAGUGAGCAGGGUGGAAUUCCUUCCAGUUCACUGGCACAGUUCUCUGCAUGGGGAUGCAACAGGUGUAGACAGGAACAUAAAGAAAAUCACUUUGCCGAGCAUUGGUCGCCUGAGGCACUUCACCAACGAAACGCUGCUCGACAUCCUGUUCUACAACAGCCCCACCUACUGCCAGACCAUCGUGGAUAAAGUGGGCAUGGAAAUGAACCGCCUGUACGCGCUCUUCAUGAGCCGCAACCCCGACUUCAAAGGGGGAGUGUCUGUGGCUGGGCACAGCUUAGGUUCCUUAAUUCUAUUUGACAUAUUGUCUAACCAGAAGGACUUGGCUGCAUCAGUAAAUUCUGGACCAUUCUCUGGUGUUAAUGAGAGUGUGAAGGACGUGGCUGUUCAUGAUAAACAGAUGACUGAAGAUACCAGUUCCUUGGGCUCCUCCAUUGCUACUUCUGCUGAUGACCUUUGUGAGGCUGAAGCAGAGGAAGAUGUUCCCACUCUGCAGAAGACCCUGGAGAUGCUCAGUCUGUCAGAGUACGUGAGCACCUUCGAGAAGGAGCGCAUCGACAUGGAGUCCCUGCUCAUGUGUACAAUUGAUGACCUGAAGGAGAUGGGGAUACCUCUUGGACCAAGAAAGAAAAUAGCUAAUUUUGUAAAAGACAGAGCAGCCAAGCAGGAACAGAAGAAAGCAGUAGCAGAAAAGAAAGCAGUGCUGGCUGCCACACUCCAGACUCAAGAAGACACCCAGAAAUCAAAAGAGGCAAUUUCUCCUGUCCCAUCUUCAGAGUCUGGGCACUCAAAGAGGAAGCUCCCAGUUGGUGCAUCUGUGUCUUCUGUGAACAUUGACUAUGAGUAUUUUGAAAUUGGAACUGGCCAGGUUUCUGUGGUUUACAGUGCACUGGACUUUGAACCAGAUAUUUUCUUUGCUCUUGGCUCCCCUAUUGGUGUGUUCCUUACUGUGAGGGGUGUGGAGAAGAUUGAUGAAAACUACAGACUCCCCACCUGCAAGGGCUUCUUCAAUAUCUAUCACCCACUUGAUCCAGUAGCUUACAGGUUAGAACCAAUGAUCAUUGAAGACCUGGAUUUAAAACCAGUUCUCAUUCCACAUCAUAAAGGCAGAAAAAGACUUCAUCUGGAGCUGAAAGACUCUCUGUCUCGUAUGGGAUCUGACCUGAAGCAGGGCUUUAUCAGCUCUCUGAAGAGUGCAUGGCAGACCCUAAAUGAGUUUGCACGUGCUCAUACAUCUUCAACCCAGCUGCAGGCAGAGCUGGAGAAAGUAGCUAACCAGAUUCAAGAGGAGGAAGAAAAGCAAGUGGUGGAAGCUGAGAAGAUCACUGAGAGUGCAGAGCCUCCAAAAGAUGAAGAUGUUUCAGUGAAGGUUGGGAUGCUGAACGGAGGGCGUCGCAUUGAUUAUGUUCUGCAGGAGAAGCCAAUAGAGAGCUUCAAUGAGUACCUGUUUGCUUUGCAGAGCCACCUGUGCUACUGGGGAUCUGAAGACACUGCCUUGCUGUUUCUCAAAGAGAUAUACAGGACCAUGGAUAUCAAUCCUGAGCAGCCACAGCAUUGAUGUAUAAAAACAUGAAUUUGUAAGUGUGCUCUAAUGUAACUUCUGUGCUCAUAUCAAAUUCAGCCACAGCUUAGAUGUCUUUACUUUCCCUUUCUCCUCUGAAGUUUAAAUUAUGAAGCAGACAGCCAUUAAAUGUCAUUUUGAUUGCAAAAACAAUUUCUAAACUUGAAUGCAGAGGAAGUAUUUUUCUUCUUCCUUUCAUUUCGAGAAGAUAUUUGAUGUUAGUGCUUUUGGUACUGGAUAAUAAUUGCUACUACAAAUGCAACCAAAGUGUGAUCUCUUUCUUUUGCUUCUCCCUGUUCUUUUGUUCAGUGAAUGUUCAAGAAUAGGAAAAUUUGGUGAAAUUGGAUAAGAUGAAACUUUAUUUACAGUGCAGUAGAUUAAAGAACACCAAAAGUGUUUCACUGGUGAAUGUAAAUACUGGAUUGUUUCACCAGUGGUGCACAUUGGUCAGCAAAAAGCUGUUUGUGUCCUAAGAAGUUGUUA